GCUGCGGGCCAGCCACAGCCGCUUCUCUAGUGGCGGCAGCCCCAGCGUCUCCUAUAGAACAGUCACCCGCACCCAAACCUUUGGCCGCGGCGGAGGCGGCGGCGGCAGCUUUGCAGCUCGACGCACGUUUGGGGAGAGUGGCGCAUUUGCAGGCGACGCCGGCGGCUGGCCUGGGGAGCCGCACGGGCCGCACGUGGGCAGCGCGAGCGCCUGGCCGCAGCACGGGGCGGAGGCUGCUGCCGCCUUGGGGGUGGACCGGACUGGGCCAGGUCAGGAGUGGCUGCAGGGGAGCCGCAGCCCCGGGACUCCCCCUAGGGGCGGCUGCCCGGCGCCGCCGUCCGGCGGCGCCACCGGGCCCGCGGCGGCGGUGGACGCCUCCUCAGCAUCGCCGCCGCCGCGGGGCGGGCAGGCGCAGGGGGCGAGCGGGCGCGCCACCGGCUCAGAUGCGGAGGGCGGAUGGGCCGUGGGGCCGAUGAGGGCGGGCAUGCGGUCACCACGGGUGCCGGCCUGA